AAAAGGGGAAAAAAAAAGAAGAGAAAACUACAGGGGUAUAAGUACAAAAUCACCUUUUGAGGAACUCACGCCUCCUGAAAAAGAUUUUAAUUUAAUAGAAACAAAACCGACAGGCGUGUAAUAGAAAAAAGAGAAAAUUUAAUGCGGAAGAUUUAGAAAGAAAAGAAGAGGAGGCUCUGUCUCCACUCUUCCUCCAAAGUCCAAUCCUCCCCCUCAUGGCCCUGGCCUACAUUACUCGAAUGCUUCUUUUCAUUUUCUUUCUUUGUUUCCAGUGCCAACGCCCGCUUCCAACUUGUUUGAUAAAGACGUUUUCAUUUGGACUAAAAUAAAACCGAUAGUGUUAUUUUUUUACACAGGGAGAGAUUAAAUCACUGCAUAAUUUGGAGUAAGAAAGUUUCAGAAACAGAAAAAGGAAACCGAAGUGUUUUAAACAUAUUUCUGUUUGGAUUCCGGGAAAAUGGGGUUGAUUUCGGGGGUUUUGAUGGGGAUGGUCUUCGGGAUUUCAUUGAUGGCUGGCUGGCGUCAUAUGAUGAGGUACCGAAGCACUAAGAGAAUUGCAAAGGCAGCUGAUAUAAAAGUUCUUGGGGCUCUCAACCGAGAUGAUCUAAAGAAAAUUUGUGGUGAUAAUUAUCCUGAAUGGAUAUCUUUCCCUGUCUAUGAACAGGUGAAAUGGUUGAACAAGCUAUUGAGCAAAUUAUGGCCUUUUGUUGCGGAGGCAGCAUCAAUUGUGAUCAAAGAAUCUGUUGAACCACUCUUGGAAGAAUACAGACCUUCGGGUAUUACUUCACUAAAGUUUAGCAAAUUGUCUCUUGGCACUGUGGCUCCCAAGAUUGAAGGUAUUCGUGUUCAGAGCCUUAAGAAAGGUCAAAUCACAAUGGAUAUUGAUCUUCGGUGGGGCGGUGAUCCAAGUAUAAUUUUAGGUGUUGAAGCUGCACUUGUUGCUUCAAUACCAAUUCAGUUGAAGGAUCUUCAAGUUUUCACUGUUAUUCGUGUCAUCUUCCAACUUGCUGAAGAGAUACCUUGUAUUUCUGCAGUAGUUGUUGCUCUCCUUUCUGAGCCAAAGCCUAGAAUUGAUUACACUCUGAAGGCUGUUGGUGGAAGCUUAACUGCAAUUCCUGGGAUUUCAGAUAUGAUUGAUGAUACUGUUAAUACAAUUGUCACAGACAUGCUUCAGUGGCCGCACAGAAUUGUUGUUCCUAUUGGUGGUAUUCCAGUUGAUACAAGUGAAUUGGAGCUUAAACCAGAGGGAAAGCUGACGGUUACAGUUGUCAAAGCUAAUGACUUAAAGAACAUGGAAAUGAUUGGGAAAUCUGAUCCUUAUGUGGUUGUGCACAUUCGACCUCUCUUCAAGGUUAAAACAAAAGUCAUUGAGAACAACCUGAAUCCUGUUUGGAAUCAAACAUUUGAGUUGAUUGCAGAAGACAGAGAGACUCAGGCACUAACUGUAGAGGUUUUUGAUCAGGACAUUGGGCAAGACAAGAAAUUAGGAAUUGCGAAAUUCUGUUUAAUUGAACUGGAACCAGAGACACCAAAGGAGGUUAAGCUGAGCCUUCUAUCGUCACUUGAUACACUAAAAGUAAAAGAUAAGAAGGACAGAGGAAGCUGUACCAUUAAGCUUUUGUAUCACCAGUUUAGCAAGGAGGAACAGUUGAUUGCAUUGGAAGAAGAGAAGAGGAUCCUAGAAGAAAGAAAGAGAUUGAAAGAAGCAGGAAUUAUUGGAAGCACCAUGGAUGCACUUGAUGGAGCAGUGUCACUGGUUGGGUCUGGGGUUGGUAUGGUGGGUAGUGGUAUUGGUGCUGGAGUUGGGCUUGUUGGAACUGGAAUUGGUGCUGGAGUUGGACUUGUUGGAACCGGUGUUGGUGCUGGAGUUGGGAUUGUCGGGAGUGGCCUUGGAGCUGUUGGCAGUGGACUUAGCAAAGCAGGAAAGUUCAUGGGCAGGAGUAUAACAGGGAAUUCCAGCAAAAAAAGUGGAAGCUCAACUCCAGUGAAUAGCACCCAAGAAAAUGGUGGUGCAAAGCCACUUUAAAUUCCAAAAAUGAAGCAUAUGAAUCUGGUAAACAGUUUGUAGCAUAUAGUGAUUAAACCCAAAACAGGUCUGUAUAACUGUUUGUUCAUUAUUCUCUGCUUCUGUUCUUUCUGGUAGUCUGGAAUUUGAUUGCAUAAAUAUUGUUCAUUGUCCAACGUAGUGUUGUGUUAUCCUGUAUCCGAAACUGAGUCUGUGUUUGUAACUAAAUGUGUAAUAAUCAUUUGAAUAUCAUUCAAGGUUCCUCGCGUAUUUACUCCUAAACUGGCCUGUCAACUAAUCUCAGUUUUAUCAUUGUAAAUUUGUAUGUCAAGAGAACGAUGUGGCUUCCAUUUUUCCAGAAAGUAGCAAUUUCAGAAAUAAUCCUGAAAUUUGCAUUCUUUUAGCCGUUGAGCUGUAGCAGUGUUUUGUAUACCAGUAUUCUGAUUUCGUUUGGAAUGUGCCUAUGCCUCUUUGUUGCAUUGAUAUUUUUUCUACAAUCGAAGCAAUAAUCUUAAUUUUUUUGUUUGAAGG